AUAGUUUUUAAAGAGAAGGACUGGAUAUAGCCCUAUGCUUAUUUUUUUUUUUUUCACCAAUAUAUUUUUUAAUUCCAUCAGAAUCUUGUUAUUCACUAGAAAAUUAAAACAGUGUAAAAAAAUCAAGAGUUUCUCUUGAUAUGUCGACAAAAGUUGACAAAGCUUCGAAACAACAAAAAGAAAAACAUCACGCAAUAUUAAGAGAACUUGUGAAAGAAACCUCAAAUAAAACUUGUGCUGAUUGUCUUAGUAAAGGACCAAGAUGGGCUUCUUGGAGUUUAGGUGUUUUUGUUUGCAUUCGUUGUGCAGGUAUUCAUAGAAAUCUUGGUGUUCAUUUGUCAAAAGUCAAAUCAGUCGACUUGGACUCAUGGAACUCAGACCAAGUUGAGAACAUGUUAAAAUGGGGAAACAAAAGAGCCGGAGAGUAUUAUGAAUGCUAUUUACCCACAGAAUUUUGCCGACCAAAUGAAAAUCAUGCUGUAGAGACUUUUAUUCGAAAUAAGUAUGAGAAAAAACUAUAUAUAAUGAAAGAUGGUGAACCUGCACCAAAUGAUUCUUCAAAAAUCAGUCUAGUAAAGGAAGGCGAAAAUAAUGAAAAAGAAAAGACUCAACCAUCGACUCGUCAGCGAAAAGAGCGAUCAGAUGAACAAAAAGCUCCAAAUAAUAAUACCAUAUUAGAUAUUGCAACAAAGAAUACUGAGUCAUCUUCUAAGGUUGUUUCUCAUCCACCAAUCAAAAGUUCUUCUACCAAUGACUUACUUUCAUUAUUUACCCCGUCUCAAAAUGACGCAAAAGUAGAUCUAGUUAGAACUUCUGCCAGCAGCAAUAAUUUAUUAAGCUUUGACGGUUCUCAUUCAUCCUUUGAACAUUCUUCUACAGAACUGUCCCAACCUGUUGCUCAUGAUCUAUUUCAAAUGUCAACUAGUACGCCUAGUGUACCUCAAGAACCCCAGAAGUCAGCUAAAGAUUCCAUUCUUUCACUUUAUGCCACUGGCAACACAUCCCAACAAAAGGUAUAUGGCAUUCCAGGAGGCGUUUAUUUACCCCAACAACAGUCACAACAAAUGGUAAACCAAGGUCUUUAUGGUUAUCCACAAGUACAAAAUCAGGUAAACCAAAUGAGCUACCAAAUGCAGCAAAUGUCAGUUUUAUCAAAUAACUCUCAAGUUAGACUUCCACAACAACAACAGAAUUUGAUGUAUAAACAACAGUUUAAUGUUCCAAACCAACAAGUGAAUAGUUUUAUGUCUAACCAGGGAUUUCCUUAUAAUACUGGUUAUAUCAGCAAUCCGCAAAAUAACCAAAUGGCUAAUUACCAAAAUGUAAACCAAAGUUUAUAUUCACAACCUGCUUUUAGCGGCCAGCCAUCGUUUACUGGUAAUCCUGGGGUUAUGUCAAAUCCUAAUAUGUUUACAAACAACCAGAACAGUAUCAUUCCUGAUAUGAACGUAGGACUAAUGGGUGGUAUAAAUCAGCAAAAUAUGUUUAUAAAAAACACCGAAAUGAGUAUGACCAAUUCAUCAAACAUAGGAAAUGGUGGUUGGUUUAGUCAGCAAAGUAACGUAAACAGUAAUAACAAAGGACACACAAUGAAUAAUCAGUUAUGGAGUUGAAUUUGCAGACGUUGUGAUAAACAUAUUGAUGUUUUUAUGGUGUUUUUUUUUUUUUAAUUAUUUUUAAUCUCUCGCGAUUACUUUACAUUGUUUACACCACUUGCUUUGAAUUAGUUUUGUUGUCUUGAAUUCUCUUCUAAAAUUAUUUGCAAACCUCUGGUUUCUGAUAACCUUCUUUUCUAUGGUCUAAAACAAUUAUUUUGUAUCAUUCUGUGUUUUCAUCUAUUUUUAUUUUAUUUUUAUCAGAGUUUUAUAAGUAUCUUUGUGAAUUUUGUUUUAUCAACAAAUUCAUUCGACUAAAAAUUAUGAAUGUUUUUAUCUAUUACGAUGACAAUUUUUCUCCUCUCGCUUUAUUUAAUUGUAUUAUUUUAGUUGUUAUCGCAAUUUUUUACGGGUUUAUCCGUCGAAAUAAAUUUAGUAUUUAUAAUCAAAAAAAAAUUGUAACUUUCAUUGAUUUUAGACUUAGAGUAGCAAA